AUGGGCGACAACAAGCGCAAGCAGCCACCGGGUGGCUCCAACGGCUCUGCCCCUAAGAAGAGCAAGGGCGGCGUUGGCUCCGGAAAGUGGAAGACACCUCACCAGCAAGCCAAGCUGGCGAAGAACGUGGCCAUUGGCAAAUCAUUAACGGUCGGUGACCGGGGGGUGUGGUUCACAUAUGCGCGCAACAUGAAGUACAAGGCGCAGAGGGAGAUUGUCGAUCUCUGUGAAGAGUACGGCGAGACCAUGUAUGGCAUCAAGCGACAGUCGGAGCCCGAUGAGGAGGACGAGGAUGCGCACCAGGACAUUGAGGCGUCCAUAGAGCAAGAGCUCAGCGACCUGAAGCCAGGCAAGCCCAAGACCGGGCAGACCUUUGUGGUGGUGCACGCCGAUGUCGAAUGCUUAAUGUUUGUGCGAAUGGCGCAACCGAUCGACCCGGUCGAGUUUGUGCGUAAAAUAUGCCAGGACGCACGCGACUGCAAGGAUGUAAUGAGCAGGAAGACAAAGUACGUCAACAGGUUGACGCCUAUCACGGACAUGGCCAAGGCUACGGAAAAGGGCCUUGUGCAGCUGGCGACAACGGUCAUGGCGCCGCACUUUGUGUUGAACAACGGCGGCGAGGAUCUUAGCGAGGAUCCUAGUACCGAUGCGGACGCAUCAGCCCCAGGAGGUGAGGCCGCCAACGACACGGAACCUACGACAACAAAGGCGGCAGAGCCGUCAGGUGAGGCGUUUCGCCCGACAUACGCCAUUCGUCCCAGUAUGCGAAGCCAUCUCACAUUGAAUCGCGACAUUGUCAUCAAGAGGGUGGCAGAGCUCCCUGGUUCGAGUCACAAGGUCAAUCUCACUGAGCCGGAUAAGGUCAUAUUGAUCGAUAUCUAUCAGAUGUUCUGCGGCAUGUCGGUCGUUGAUGGCGUGGAGUGGGAGAGUCUCAAGCGCUACAACGUGAACGAGCUAUAUCGCAUGGGAGCCGAGAAGAAGACGCCCGGCGCUGAUCUCCAAGCGAAGGAAGAGACCACAGCGUCGACGUAG